CUCUCGUGAGGGAGGGACAGCCCCGGGCAGGGCUGCCCAACCUGCUGGCAGCCGUCUCUGGCCGCCCCUCGGCUCUGGGCUGCCUCCCGCAGACAGUCUGAGCUCACUCACAGGGCUUGGCAGUGCCAAACCCGCAGAGCAGCUCCAAACAGGAUCGGUUUGUUUGUUGUUUGUCUGGGGGCGGCUCUAGACACACCAGCCUUCCUGUGGGUAAAUGUCUCUUUUCAAGUGUGUAUUGGGGGUAACUUUCACCUUUUGGCAAAUGAAUCAGGAAUAAAGCUCACCUCACUGUCACAGUCACUGUGCUUCCACAGUCCUCAGUGGCCAGAGAUGACUUUUCUCCCCCAAAGAAUGGAGAUGAAUUGUCAGUUACAAACAGAAAUACAGGCUCCUGCUCCUCCAAAACCUGUAAGGGAAUUUAAUGACAGGCAGAUGGAGUAAUUUCCAUGAAAUUGUUUGCUGAAUUAAUCUUAAAACAAAAGGAGAUUCUGUCGUUCCUGAGGCACAGCCCCAGCAGGUGCGGGAGGAAUUGCCUGGCUCUGUGGGAGUGGGAGUUCAGCAGAGGAGACAGAGGCAGCCUGGUUACAGGACAUUGUCUGCAGCGAGAGAGUUCUGGGCUCUUCUGACCCAGCGAGGGCAGGACAGCCCAGGCACCAAAGGAAGCCCAGACAUUUACAGAGCAACUUUUCCUCUUGUUUUAAACAAACCAGUCAGCAACACUGGGGUUCUUGCCUCUUAAAAAACUCUGACAUCAAAGCUGCAUGCUGGUUUGGUGUUGGUUCUUCUUGAUUUUGUUUUGGAGUCAAAAGGAGGAGCAACAGAAACUCCUCAUUGUGUCCCUCCUUAGUCUACAGUUCUCCUGUAAGAUUGAAGCCCAAAUGCUGCCCAGCACUCCCUUGCAUUUCACGUGGCAGGUGUCACCAUUGUAAAUGCUUGGCUUAGAAGGAGCUAAACCUUGCAUCUCUGCAGCCUUUCCUCGGCCUGUCAGCCCAAAAUCUUCCUUGUGUGGAGGGGGUGGGGAAAGAAAUACCUUUUGGUCUGGGAUUUGUCUGUUAAGCACUGCUUUUACUUUCCCUCCUCGCUUGUUUCAAACAUCUUGCCAAACAGCGAUCAUUUCCGAGUUGCUGCAUUGUUUAUUUUCCUGGCUUUGUCUUUUCCUGUUCUCUUCAACAGCCAGAAUCACCAAGAUUUUCAUCACUCACCUUCACGGCGACCACAUCUUUGGGCUUCCUGGGCUGCUGUGCACGCUCAGCCUCCAGAAGGGCCCUGAAGGCAGCAAAGCACCCAUUGAUAUUUACGGGCCCCUGGGGCUGCGGAGCUUCCUCUGGAGGAGCCUGGAGCUGUCCCACUCCCAGCCCCUGCUGCCCUACACCGUCACCGAGCUGGUCCCCACGCAGGACCAGUGCCCCCCAGGAGAGUUUAGGGACUUUUCUGGCUUGGACCGGGACCAGGCGCUUGGCCCGGCGCCUCCAGGGAGAGUUCUGCACCUGGAUGCAGAGGAAGACUCCUACUUGCUGCUGGAGGAUGAGCAGCUGGUUGUGAGAGCCUUCCGCCUCUUCCACCGCGUGCCCUCCUUCGGCUUCGUGCUGGAGGAGAAGCCCCGGCCUGGGAAGCUCAAUGUGCGGAGACUGGAAGAGCUGGGCGUGCCGCCGGGUCCCUUGUACGGGCAGCUGAAGAGCGGCGCUGCCGUGGUGCUGGAGAACGGCACGCGGGUGCAGCCCGGCCAGGUGCUGGGGCCGCCCGUGCCGGGCAGGAAGGUCUGCGUGCUGGGCGACUGCGCAGGGCCCGCGGGGCCCGGCGCCGCGCGGCUCUGCUGGGGCGCCGACCUGCUGGUGCACGAGGCCACGCUGGGGGACAGCCAGCGGGACAGGGCGCGCCAGCACGGGCACAGCACGCCCAGCACCGCCGCGGCCUUCGCCCGCCGCUGCCGCGCCAGGAGGCUGGUGCUGACCCACUUCAGCCAGCGGUACCGGCCCGGCGAGCCCCACGGCGGCCGCGAGGAGAUGGACACGCUCAGGAGGGAGGCCGAGGCCGCCAUGGGCGACCAGGAGGUGACGCUGGCCGAGGACUUCAUGACCAUCGAGAUCCCAGUGAAAAACGAGGGCUUGGUGACCACAGAGGUGCCAGUGAAAAACUGAAACACGAGGACUUUGUGGUUACAGAGAUCCCAAUGAAACAGUGAAAAACGAGGACCUGGUGACCACAGAGGUCCCAGUGAAACAGUGAAAAACGAGGACUUUGUGACCACAGAGGUGCCAGUGAAAAACUGAAAAACCAAGGACUUCAUAAUGAGAUCCCAGUGAAAAACGAGGACUUUGUGACCAGAGAUCCCAAAGAAACAGGGAUUUCAUUACAAGAUCCCAAUGAAGCAGUGAGAACCAAGGACUUUCUGACCACAGAGAUCCCAAUGAAACAGUGAAAACCAGGGACUUCAUAACAAGAUCCCAAUGAAACUGUGAGAAUUGAGGGCUUCAUGACAAGAUCCCAAUGAAACUGUGAAAAACAAGGACUUUGUGACCAAAGAGAUCCCAGGGAAAAACUGAAAAACCAAGGACUUUGUGACCACAGAGAUCCCAAUGAAAAACUGAAAAACGAGGACUUUGUGACCACAGAGGUCCUAAUUAAACAAUAAAAACCAAGGACUUCAUAAUGAGAUCCCAAUGAAACUGUGAGAACCAAGGACUUUAUGACAAGAUCCUAAUGAAACAGUGAAAAACAAGGACUUUGUGGCCACAGAGGUCCCAAUGAAACAGUGAAAACAAAGGACUUUGUGACCACUGAGAUCCCAACAAAACAGUGAAAACAAAAGCCUUCCUAAUGAGAACCCAAUGAAAGAGUGAGAACCAAGGACUGCAUAACAAGAGCCCAAUGAAAAAGUGAAAACAAGAGACUUUAGAGAUACUGAGAUCCUGAUUAAAAAGUGAAAAUCAGGAUUUGUGACCAUAGAAAUCACAAUGAAAAAGUGAAAAAUGAGAACUUUGUGACCACAGAGAUCCCAGUGAAAAACUGAAAACCAAGGACUUCCUAAUGAGAUCCCAAUGAAACUGUGAGAAACGAGGACUUUAUGACCACAGAGAUCCCAAUGAAACAAUGAAGACCAAGGACUUCAUAAUGAAAUCCCAAUGAAGCGGUGAGAACUGGGGGCUUCAUGACAAGAUCCCAAUGAAACAGUGAAAAACAAGGACUUUGUGACCACAGAGAUCCCAAUGAAACAAUGAAGACCAAGGACUUCAUAAUGCGAUCCCAAUGAAGCAGUGAGAACUGAGGACUUCAUAAUGAGAUUCCAAUGAAACAAUGAAAAACAAGGACUUUGUGACCACAGAGAUCCCAAUGAAAAACUGAAAAACCAAGGACUUUGUGACCACAGAGGUCCCAAUGAAACAAUGAAAACCAAGGACUUCAUAACAAGAUCCCAAUGAAGCAGUGAAACACAAAGGACUUUAGAGAUCCUAAGAUCCUGAUUAAAAAGUGAAAACUCAGGGUCUGUGACCACAGAAAUCCCAAUGAAACAGUGGAAAACGAGGACUUUGUGACCACAGAGAUCCCAGUGGAACAGUGAAAGCCCAGGACUUGAUGAGCACAGUGCAAACAGAGGCCUUCAUGCCAAGGUCCCUGAAGAACUGAGUUUCCAGGGCUGUUGGGGUCCACUCCGGCUAGCUACAGACCCUUGCCCACACGAUCCUUCACAGACAAAGGUAAAAGACUGAGAAGCGCUCUCCUCCACGUGGGAAACAUUGUCCUUUAUUCCAAGACACACAUCAGGUGGACAAACCCAUGGGAGGAAAGAGGGCAUUCCCUGGUGGCAGGGGACGUUUAUACCCUGGGAUGGGGACAGAGGGAGAGGUGCACAGCCAGUGGGACACCAGUGAGGAGUAACCCAGGGGAGGGGUAACCCAGGGGAGAGACCACCAGGUGGUACCGGGAUGGGUGAGGGAAACACCAUGUGAUGGGGAAAAGAAUAACAAACCACAUGAUAUAAGCUGUACUGUGCAAUAUAAAACUACUCUGUGCAGGUUCCCACUCUGCCAGCCCCACGCAGCGCCCUGGGCCUGACUGCUGGUGAGGGACACUGGAGUAACCAGGCUCUGAGAGCUGGGGCCAGCUGUGCUCAGCUCUUCUCGUUCCACCCUGCAUGUGAAGUUUCCUCAUACACGAACAGAGUUUAGGCCUCCUGUCAGAACUGCAUUUACAAUUUGAUCUGUUCUGAGCUCUGGAGCAUCAGCGCUGCAUUUUCACACCCAGAAAGGUUUGGGAAGCCUGCUCUGGAAGUCUCUAGGCAGGUGGCAAGUGCUCUUCAUUAAACUGUCCCUCCAAACGCAUUCUGAAGGAUAAAUUAUCCUGAUUUGUGCCUGCUGAAAUGCCCCUGUGGGGGAGUUCCACACUCUGUUUCUGCAGUGACUUCACUCCUUCUGCUGAGGGCACACAGACCCUGCUUUUACCUCCUGUCCUCCCCACUCAAACCAGAACCUGGGGUUUCCCACAUUUUGGCUGAAUUUGCUGAUCUGAAGCUGUGAGGAAUUUUUAAUUGAGACCAGACUUUUGAAUUAUUUUUGAUGAUGCAGCUUAUUUUUUUAUCUUUUACAUAAGUAAGAAAGGUGAGUUCAGCUCACAUCUUCAUAGUUUAGUUCAGAAGACUUCUAGUUACAAAACCUUUUAAAGAUUUAUUAACUAACAAAACACUGUCAACAAGAACUUAAUCUUUAAAUAUUUUAUCUUAUGGAUUCAUGCUACAGUGGUUUUUUAGUUAAUUAUAACACACAAACUUAGAGCAGUGUAUCUUUAAUUUCUUGAUUACUUUUAUAACUACUUUUAUUUUUUCUAUAUCUUAAGUUUUAAAACUUUAAACUUUCCUUUGCUUA